AUGAUAAUAAUAAUAACAUAACUAAAUAAUUCAACUAAUAUAUCGAAUUUUCGUCGUAGUUGUAACUGGCGUCGUUUUACAUCUCUUUAAAUUAUUAAUGCGUCACACUCGAGCCAACAGAGAACCGAUAAGUCGUGAUUACUUCACCAUCGCAACAGUCGUUGUCGAUGACUCGUUCGCGUCGGUUCCUCCGUAAAUCAUUUUUAUGUUUCGUUGUCACGACGGCGGCGGCGGUGGCGGCGUUGAAACCUUGAAACUCCAGCAGUUACCAGCAGCGGUCGCUUGUUAUCGAACUUCGUUGUGUUCAUUGCGAUUCCGGGUGAGCGUCGGGGUCAUAGCAACAGCAGUCGUAAUUAUGAUGUUUACCGGAUAACAUUACUGCCCAAUAAUCAACAACGUUUAAAUCUUCACUAAUUACUUUUUGGGACUUUUUGAAUUAAUGUGGAACCAAAAGUUUGCUGAAUAAACAAACAACUUUCUGAUCAUGAUUCGUACUAAAAAUGAACCAUUUUCAAAAUUACGCUUACGACCAAAGACAUCAAAUCAAUAUAUUUUACCUAAACAUUUAAAAGACCCUACAUUAUCAUGUACGGACCAUUCUAAAGGAAUACGGUCAUUGCCUGCAGCUCCAUACCAUUUUCUAAUAUGUAUCCUAUUUUUAGUUGUUAUAUAUACUUUAUUAGCCAUUGUAGAAAAAAAAUUACCAGAAUCUGUUACAAUAUCUAAUGAACAUAAGUAUCCAAAUCGAUUUGUUGCUGAAAGAGCCAGAAAUCAUUUAGUUAACUUGACUUCAAUCGGACCUAGACCUGUAGGUAGCAAAGAAAAUGAAUUGCAUGCAGUGAAGUUAAUAGUUGAUGAAGUUAAAAUAAUAACUAAAAAUGCUCAAUCUUCGCAUUUCAUUGAAUGGGAUCUUCAAAGAGUCAGUGGAUCAUUUUCAUUGCAAUUUCUUGAUGGUAUGACAAAUGUAUAUAGAAAUGUGCAAAACGUUAUUGUUAAAAUUGGUCCAGUUAAAACUUCUCGCCAUAGUUUGUUGAUCAACUGCCAUUUUGACUCUGUCGUAGAUAGCCCUGGGGCAAGUGAUGAUGGUGCUAGUUGUGCUAUAAUGUUGGAAUUAUUUCGUAUUAUAUCACGUUUUCCUAACCCUCUCAAAAAUAAUAUAAUAUUCCUUUUCAAUGGGGCUGAAGAAAACAUGAUGCAGGCAUCACAUGGCUUCAUAACUCAACACAAAUGGGCCUCUAGUAUACGUGCAUUCAUCAAUAUGGAGGCGUGUGGUGCUGGUGGAAAAGAAAUACUGUUUCAAGUUGGUCCAAAUCAUCCAUGGCUGUUGGAAGCCUAUUCGGAUUCUGUGCCUUAUCCCUUAGCUUCAUCAAUGGCCCAAGAAAUAUUUCAAAGUGGCAUUAUACCAGGCGAUACUGAUUUUAGAAUAUUUCGUGAUUUUGGACGUAUUUCUGGUCUUGAUUUUGCAUGGUCAGCAAAUGGAUAUGUUUACCACACUAAGUUAGACACGGUUGAUAAAAUUCCUUUAGGCACUUUUCAAAGAACUGGCGAUAAUAUGUUACCAUUAAUAUUAAAAUUAGUUAAUUCUGAACAAAUUUCUGAUGUUGAAAAUUAUAGUACUGGAAAUUUAGUGUUUUUUGAUUUCUUGGGUAUAUUUAUUGUUUAUUGGAGUGAAGUACUAGCUGAUAUAAUUAAUAUUAGUGUCAUUAUCAUUUCUCUGUUAAUUAUUUUGUACAAUGCUUCUAAUAAUCAUGUUACUGGUUUUAAUGUGAAAGAUUAUUUUAAAUCUUGUUUUAAAUGCUCAAUCUUAAUUGUAUUGAUAUGGUUAGCUACUCUACUAACAAUAGCCAUAUUGUCAUUGACUGUAACACACUUAGAUCGAUGUCUCAGUUGGUUUGCCCAACCAUCGUGGCUAUUUUUUUUGUAUAUUAUACCAACCAUAUUAGUACCAAUGGUUUUACUAGCUUUAUUUGGACGUAAAUUCCUAUGGGGUCAAAAAGGAAAACAUUACCCACAGUCUUUACUAUAUUGUAUUUCACGUGAUGGCAAUCAAAUGCUAUAUAUAAUAAUUCUUUUAGUAUGUGUACUGCUGCGUAUAAGGUCUGGAUUUGCAGUUGCACUUUUUGUUUCCUGUAAUGCAAUCAGUACUGCAUUACAAAAUACCAUACUAAAAUAUACUUAUGGCCAUAAGGUAUUGUGGUUACAUUGGGGUUGUAUGCUGAUUCCAUUCAUGUUAUCUGCUUACAUGAUACAAGCAGCUCUUCUACUGGUUGUCCCAAUUAUGGGUCGAUCGGGAUCGGGAAACCAUGCUGAAUCUGUUAUGUCACUAAUAACAUCAGCUAUGUUCACUCUUGUGUUUAGUUUUUAUAAUCCUUUAGUUUUACUUCUUCGAAAAGUGUAUACCCUAUUUUGUUCACUAGCAGUUGUGUUGUUGAUUUCAUUUCUAGUCCUAGUAUUCACACCAUUUGGAUUUCCAUACUCUGGUGAUCCUAAUAAUUUGGCUCCCCAAAGAUUUAUGAUUGCACAUGUAGAACGGAGUUUUUAUAAUUAUAAUGGUUCAUUGAGAGACUCUCAGAAUGGACUGUGGAUUGUUGAUCUGGAUGUUAACAGUCCACAUUCAAUUAAAUCGUUUGCACCUGAAUUAGCGAAAGCACGCCAAAUCAGUAAGGAAGAGUGUAGCAAAGAAUUGUAUUGUGGACUUCCAUAUUUUAUUCCAGUCAUAACAUUCAUAUGGAAAACACAUUGGCUCGAUACUAAGCCAAUGGAUAUUAAAAUACCCUUGGAACUAAAUCUCUUGUAUAGAGAUAAAAGAUUAAAUAACAUACAAAGGCUUUCUUUCUCUGCAACUGGGCCUGACCAUUUAACUUUUUUGCUAUCAUUAUAUGAUGGUAUUAACUUGAAAGAUUGGAGCUUGAGUUUGGAUAAACCUCUUGAAGGACCACAGUGGAAUGGACGCCCUACAUAUUUUGUGUAUUAUUCAUGUGCCAAUGAUAUUACUCCAUGGGACUUUUGGAUUGAUCUUGAAGUAAAUGUUCCAACAAACCAUGUAGGUCCUCAAAUAGAAGUAGGAUUGGCUGGACAUCGAAUGCAUGGUCCACAUCAGUACACAACAACAUUGAAGAAAAUCUUUAAUUCCUUUCCACAAUGGACAACUACGACUGGAUGGUCUUCAGCUUAUAAAUCAUUUACUUUAUAAACACAUUUACUAUUAUUUAAUUAUAGUCUUUUGUAUAUAAAUAUUUAUAUGACUUUGUUAUGAAUUAUU